CAAGGACAACCCCUACGAGCCGCUAGUGUCAGGGGAGCAGUCAGGGCCUCAGGGGUCGACCAACUGCUGGGCACUUGGCGGCACGUGCAUCAUCAACGGUCUGACGGUGCAGCACUUGCUGCGCCACAUUCGGCGUCUAUUCAGCCUCAAAGGGCGGACGCUGAAGUCACCACCAGCCACACUGUUCCAGGCCGUCACAGUGCUUGGAGCUCGAAACUUUUGGAGCACCAGGCACGCGCAUUCCACUUCGCGACGCCUUGCAGCGAGUGUACUUCGAGGCCGGUCCACUUCUUGCUAUCGUCCACUUCGUUGCUACUAUCACCACAUCCUCGUCACUAUCAUCUGCCCACUCGAAGACGAACCCAACAAAGGCCUUCGUACAUUGACAACCCUAAUCCAAGUUUUGGAUUCAUCAGCAAAUCAUAUCAGCACUUGGACACACACGAGAGUAUCCAGCUCUCAAUCGCUGGUCAAGAUGGCGGCCACCAAGAUGACCAAGAACCAAAUGCGCCGGGCCAAGAAGAAGGAACAGAAGAAGGCCCAGGCUGAGGAUGGCACCAAGGCUCCCGAAACCGAGACCACGAACGGCGAGGCGACAACAGACGUUAAGGAAGAGAGUCCCAAGGAAGACACAUCCGUAAAGAACGAAACCGCACCCUCAGAUUGCGAAGUCAAGAAGGAAGAUUCAGCCCAGAAGAUCGAGGUCGAUGGCCCCGUCGAUGAUCAAGUCGGUAUCGAACUUUCUGCUUUCGAUGAGGACCCCGCUUUCGCAGCCUACAAGAACAUCUUCGAGAAGUUUGGUAUGAGCCUGGAUGAGGACGAUGUGGCGAGGGAAGCAAAUGCGGGCAACAAGGGUGAAGUCUUCUUCGACCAAGACAACGAGAUUCCCAGCGAGGAGGAGGAUGCAGGCAAACUAUCCAAGAAGAAGCGCAAGAAGCUGAACAAGCUUUCCAUUGCGGAGCUGAAGGCCUUGGUCAAGAACCCAGAGGUUGUCGAAUGGCAAGAUGUCUCAUCAUCAGAUCCACGCUUGCUUGUCCAGAUCAAAGCUCAGAGGAACAUCGUUCCCGUACCCAGCCAUUGGUCCCUCAAGCGAGAAUAUCUUUCCAGCAAGCGUGGUAUCGAGAAGCCGCCCUUCAAGCUACCAAAGUUCAUCGCCGAGACCGGCAUUACAGAGAUGCGCGAUGCCGUCCUCGAGAAGCAAGCAGAGCAGACUCUCAAGCAGAAGCAGCGCGAGCGUGUGCAACCCAAGAUGGGCAAGCUCGACAUCGACUACCAAAAGCUCUACGACGCCUUCUUCCGGCACCAAACAAAACCAGACCUCACCAGAUUCGGCGACGUCUAUUAUGAGGGCAAGGAGUGGGAGGCAGAUUAUAAGGUAUUCCGCGCCGGCGAGGUUAGCGAUGCGUUAAGGGAAGCACUAGGCAUGCAGCCCGGCUUCCCUCCCCCAUGGCUUCUCCAGCAGCAGCGCGUUGGUCCUCCUCCAUCCUACCCCACCCUCAAGAUUCCCGGCCUCAACGCCCCGCUACCACCGGGUGCCUCAUGGGGCUUCCAGCCCGGUCAGUGGGGCACGCCCCCUCUGGGCGAGGGCAACCGUCCCCUAUACGGCGGUGCCUUACUUCCCUUACAACAACCCCAGUUUCAAGCACCCGCGGCCACUGCUUUCGGUGGCGAGCCUAUCGAACGCACACUAUGGGGCGAGCUCCAGCCUCCCGCGGAAGAAUCAGAAGAAGAAGAGUCCGACGAGGAGGACGAAGACGAGGAAGAGGAAGAGGACCACGACAUCCCGCCCGGCGGCACCGAGACCUCCAUCAGCCAGUUCGACGCCGGACACCCCUCCGGUUACGCCAGCAGCAUGCACCCCGGUGAGGCGCCCGUCGAGACCAGCAUGGCGGGCGAGUUCGACCUGCGCAAGACGCGGCGUGGCUACGAGACGGAGGAGUCGGCCGCGCCGAGGUCUGCGUACCAGGUCAUUCCCGAAAGGCAGACGCGCGUCGAGGGUUUCUUUGGUUCCGACAAGACGUACGACUUGGCGUCUGGCAGGCCGGGUGCUGGACCUGGACCUGCCGUGCCGGUGCUUGGGAGAGACGGUGACGAUAGUCGCAAGAGGAAGAAGCCCGGUGAUGUCGAGGUGGCGCUCGAUCCGGAUCUGUUGGCUGCGCAGGCUGGGUUGAGUAAGGAGGAGUUGAGGAAGAGGUAUGAAGCUGGAAGAAAGGAGGAGGGGCCGGGAGCCCAGUGGGCGAGUAGUUAUGAUGAGGAUUUGAGUGAUAUGAUUGCGCAGGAGAGUAGGAAGAGGCAGAGGAGAGAGGAGGAGAGGAGGGAGGAGAGGAAGGGUGGGAGGAGGUAGAUGACCUAUCUCGAGUGGAAAAGUGUGGUUGGUGUGUAAUUUGUAAACUCCGUACCAGGUCAGUUCAAGUUGGGCGUUGGAGGGUGGUGAAGGGUUUCCAUAAUGAACUGCAUAACAUAGGGAUAAAAGUGGUGUAUUGGUUUGGUGGACUGAUACAUCUCAGAAUGGAAAGAUCAUGUCCAACAGCA